CCUAGUACUAAAUGUUUUGCUUUGACGUCCGGCAUCGCCGGUCGACAUUAGAGCUAUAAGACGGCCGGAUCCCCAUACAAAACAAGUUGUGUCUAUGCGCGUACUUGAACUUCGAUCACCAUAGAUCCCUGAAGUUAUCACGCACACGCCAAGUCAUUUGUGCGGGUUUGACACUGGCAGGCAGUCAAUUUACAGCCGUGAUGUGGACUGUCGCUGCUUUGGUCGAGGGGGGACCAGCGGCAGCUUGACUGCACCCCAGUUAACGCUGUGAUUUGCUAAUGUUAGUAGCGCCGAUGUUGGGGCACACCGUUGAUUCAUUCAUUCGUUGAAAGAACAAAUGGGUAAUUGGGUGAGGGCUUAGUGUUGGAGUUAGAGUAAGUUUCCGUGAUCCUGAAAAUCUCUAGUGACAUGACUAAGUGUUGAAAGAAGACUAUCGACAAAGCCAAGUCUGCACCUGCGGAAGCGUCAACAAAAGCCGUUUGGUCAUUGUCGUAUACGAAUUUGAGGUCUUUAGAGACCACAAUAUAAAAAUAAGUUGCUGUCUUAGGUGUUCUCGGGAAGUGGUAAGGUAAAACAGCUCUGCUUUCCCUAGGCAAGACGAGUCGAUAGUGUGGUAAUUACUGUUGCCACUUGUUCGUCGACCUCCUGGAGCUCUACAUGUUGUUGCAAUUGUGGUUAAGAACUAACCAUUUCUGAGCUUAUUAUCAAUUGAAAUCUGUAACGUUGUCCAGAAAGGUGCCCAAAAUGGAACUUCUACGGCCUUUUUUCGAAAAUAUGUUUCCUGGGCGAUGCUUUGAUUCACUUGUGCUCAAUUGGAAUAUUCAGGAUGUGCAAUGUCUGAAGAUGGUUUUAGCAAAAUGUCUCGGCUAUGCAAUGGUCGUAGGCGGGGCAUUGGUGAAGCUACCUCAGAUCGUGAAGAUUAUUUCAGCUGCUUCAGCCACAGGUUUAUCCCUGCCUUCAGUUCUUCUUGACCUCGCUGGGGUGACUGCUACGACAGCUUAUAAUUUCGAUCAGCAGUAUCCGUUCAGUGCGUACGGAGAGGGCGCGUUCCUGAUGGCGGAAACCAUACUGAUUCUUUGUUUAGCACUUCACUACUCUGGCCGUGGAGUCUUAGCAGCAACGUUCAUCGUCGCUUAUGCGGCACUCUGCAGUAGUCUGUUUAUUUACCGAUUGGCUCCCUCGUCAACACUUCUUUGGGGCCAACUGCUGUCAGCGCCGAUCGUCAUCGCGGGAAGGCUAUGGCAAGCGUUUGACAACUAUAAAGCGGGACACACAGGUCAGCUGUCACUGGUAACGCAGUCCCUCCUAUUUAUCGGAUGUCUGGCAAGAAUCUUUACUACUCUCGCAGAAACCGGCGACAUCGCCAUGACUCUGUCCUACAGUUUGGCCAGCGUAGCAAAUGCAAUUCUCGUUGUUCAGGUGUUAUACUACUGGGAGGCGACGAAUUGCGCAGUUUCUAAGGACAAUGCCAAGAAAUCGGCAUAAACGAAGGCAAGAUAAUGGCCUAUUAUCAAGACGAACGAUAUCGUUGGGUGCCGAUUUAUACGCCAUUUGCAUGACGCUGAAGUUGUUUCGGGCCACGAAAUCGGCGCCGAUCACUUAGAUUUUGUUCCCUCUAUCUUUUCCUGUUGUUGUUAUGUGGAAAUUGAAGGACAAUCUGUUUUCUUGUCCGGAUGUUCGGGACGAUCUCUUACUCUUUGUCGACCGGUAGAGACAGUUAGCAUGGCAAGGAACAUUGUCUACAACGGGAAAGCAAAUGAUAUCUAAUAACUAACGUCAUCGCUAGGCAACAGCAAGCGCACAGUGGAAGCGAUGCCCUUGUCCGCUUGUACUGCACGAGCGAGACGCGUUCGGAGUGAUAAUCGCAACCGAAAAUGUCAACGAGCGUAUCUGUUAGCAUAUGGAAGGCAAGCUGCAAUAAGUAUUUGCCAAGUUUGUACUGUUGAAUAUGGUACGACGCCAUUAACCGCACCUUCCUAGCGAAGGCCAAGCAAAGUAUGUUAGAGAGAUGCCAGUUUGUUAACUAUAAGUAGACACAUUUAUUGUGAAUGCGUGUAUCUCGAUGCAUGAACACGAAUACAGAGCGCGUUCCUGUACGGUGCAAGAUAUACAGACCCUGCGAAGCAAUGACUUUGCAAAAGUAAACCCAAUAUUAUUCUUAUUACCAUUAUUAUCUGAUCCAACAGAAGCUACAAGUUAUAGAAUUUCCUACAUCUUACUCUCUGUUAGUAUCCUAAUUUAUCGGAAGUAUGCUUAAGUCAAACUUGAUUCAAUUUCACGAAUCGGUUAGUAAUCCGCUCCGCUAUCGCAUAUAUGUACACAUUAAAGAAUAUCUACUAAUUUCUGUGAAGAGUCAUCGAUGGCAAUACUGACGAAAUCAGUGUGACGUAUAGCUGAUUUAUGCUUGACAGAAAUUAUAGAUUGAUCAUUAUACUAACCGUGGACGAAUUAAACUUUAUCUAUAGUUUUACAUCCGCCCAUUGUAAAACGUGAUAUUUUAUCUAUUUGCUGCGUUGUGGUUAACUAGACUAACAAGUUAUAUAAUGAUGAUGAAAUCGAUGAUCAUUCUUAUUAUUUAGAGGAAAAUGAAGACUAUAUCUAUGUAGACGGAUACUGAAACCGUACUGUACGACUAUCGCUCAAAUGUUGGACUAUUGUAGAAAUUAACUGAGGUAUGUAGAAUUUGACUAAAGUUAAAUUUAAAAUAAGUUGUUUUGAGUUUGUUUCUAUGAUGUGCAUUGUUAAAGGACGUUGCAAUUAGAUAAAUAUUUUAAAUGAGUCAUAAAUAUCCCAGUGAAUCAUACGAAAUUGACCUUUGUAUAAUUGCUUUUACCUAUAAGAUGAUCUGUUUACCUUUGCUAAUAGCAGCAUUCUAUCAAUGUUUGAUUCGUGAAAUAGAAACAGGUGCAGUAAAGCUAUUUAGUGUUACAUUUUAUGUCGAAGACGUGUUCAGAGUUUGGCUGAAUUAUUAAUAGAUUGAGAUUAUGUAGGCGAACUAUUUUCAAGGGCAAUAUUUAUGAUAAUUAUGGAUCUUUUCAAAUUACGUUACAGCUACGACUCUGGCUAGAUUCUAACGAGAAUGUAAUAAUAAGGUUGGAAUGUACUGAAAUGUAAUAGAAAGUUACGACAGUUUGUUAAUCGAAUUACUAACAACUUUGGAGAAGUCUAAUGGAGACAAUGGUAUCACAAUGCAAAUAAAAAGAAGCUAUUUUUGUGAA